AUGCAUUCACUUGGAACCUGUUGUAAAGGCUUGCGUUUUCCGUUGGCAAGGUUCAAAUCUUCCUCGAUACCUCCGAAGCUGACUCAUGUCCCAAACAAAUACAACUCGAAAUCAUCCGCCUUCAAUAUCAAACCACAGCUUCCAGAUGGUCUUUUCUACCAUCCAGCACCAUCGGCUUUAGAUCCGGAGGUGACGCCUAAGGCUUUCCUCCCUGAGGAUGACCCAAGAAAGAGCUCAGAGCUGUACUAUCCUGAGGAAAAAACACGCAUAAGCUCCAAUCUGGACAACAUGCCAAUAAUUUUCAAGGCAAGCACCCCAAAAAGUUACACAUUGAGCGACAAAGAGAUCCAGGAGAUCCAGGAAAUGAGAAACAAAGGAAUUCCAAGACGCGAGAUCAAAGCCAAGUUCAAAGUGUCAGACCAUUUCAUCAAUAUUUCCACGACGCCUAAUCCAGAAACCCUUGCGAAACAUCAAAAGAAAUUAGAACAAGCGGUGAGAAGAUGGGAUAGCAGAACAAAGAACGCAAAGUUGAUCAAGUUGAAACAAGAAAUUUUGUGGAAGAGAGAUAUGUAA